AUGUUCAGACCUCGUGCAGCUCGUGUAUGCAGUCUUGUCAAGCAAACUGCAAAUCCUACAACUGCAACUGCCAGCAUGCUUGUGCUAACGUGUGUGGAGGGACUUAUACUACAUGCAACUCAUGCAUACAAUCUUGCCAAGCAAGCUGCAAGUCCUUCAACUGCAACUGCCAACAAGCGUGUGCUAAUGCAUGUGCAGCCACCUAUGUUUCUCAGUCUGCGUGCAGCUCUUGCAUGCAGUCCUGCCAGGCUAGCUGUAAAUCCUACAGCUGCAACUGCCAACAAGCGUAAACAGUUGCACCUCCUGUCUUACAAACGUGCCAGUCAAACUGCAAAUUUGGGAGCUGCAACUGUCAACAGGCCUGCGCCAUUCCAUGCGGAAUCCAAACACAAGCAGUACAACAAGUACAAUCGGUACAAACGUGCCUGCCUGCAGACCUGUCAGGCGGGGUGCAAAACGUAUGGCACCUGUAAUUGCCAACAGUCGUGUGCUCAUGUCUGCGGAGGAAAUGUAGCACCACAGCCGUUACCAUUCAUGCCAAUGCAACCUGCACCGUCGUUCACCAUGCCACCUAUGCCUCAGUUUUCUACGCCAUUUUGGCCUCAGUUCGCACUGUCACCGUGCCUCUGCAAUGCCGCUGUCAAUUUGUCAACAGACUUGCCAGAAUUACUGUAUGAACAACUGUCAACCAAUUCCGUGGUUAACGCCUUGCCAGCAGCGAUGCCAAGACGCCUGCGCACAAGCAUGUGA